AUGCUGGAUGGGGCCCUGCUAGCUGGUUUGUUUGGCAAUAUUGUACUGUACCGACUCUUCUUCCACCGUCUGCGAAACGUGCCAGGCCCGGUCGGAGCCCGCAUCUCGCGCUUCUACGCGGCCUAUCAAACAUUCAAGCACGCCCAAAUGCACCGUCACGUCCAAAGUCUACACCAGAAGUAUGGCGAUGUGGUCCGGAUUGGACCCCGAGAGGUCUCCAUCUGCCGACCCUCCGCCAUCCGAGCCAUCUAUGGACCCCCUACCCGAUUAGCCAAGGGGCCAUGGUACGACCAGGUCACCCACGAUAAUACGAAGAAGACCGUGUUUGGCAUCCGGGACAUCAAGCUCCACGGCCAGCGUCGCCGCGUGUGGGAUCAAGGCGUCAAAGCCAUCAAUCAAUAUCAGAUACCAUUGCUGGAGAAAAGCAAGCUCCUAAUGACAAAGAUCCGGGAGCAGCAAGGCCGACCAAUGGAUAUCACCAACUGGAUGACCUGUCUCGCGUUUGACGUCAUGGGCAAGGUUGUCCUGGGAACAGAGCUGGGAAUGCUGCAGACAGGCCAGAAGACUGCCGAAUUGCGGCAGAUGGAUGACAGCUCGCGCUAUGCCACGAUGGCGGGCACCAUGCCGUGGCUGGCUCCUUUGCUGUUGCAGAUUCCAGGUCUUGCCACAGUUCUCAACCCCUUUCGGCAUUUCUGCCAUACCGUGCUGGACGAGAAAAGAAAGACCAGGACCAAAGGUAGCGAGCCCACGGAUGUCAUUAGCUGGCUGAUUCAGGCCAAUGAGACCGGCGAUCCCAGUGCUCCUCCAACGGAUAUGGCAUUAAAAGACGAUGCUUGGGUGGUGAUUGUCGCCGGCAGCGACACCACGGCCACGGCCAUGACCAACACGAUCUACUAUCUCGCGACCCACCCAGCUGUACAGACCAAGCUGCGACAGGAGCUUGAUGUGCUGUUUCCCCACGGACUCACGGACUGGUCCUACGAGAGCGUAAAGGAUCUGAAGUACCUGACCUAUGUGAUCAACGAGACGCUGCGAUUGAAGCCAUCCGCUCCGGAUGGACUGGCUCGUGUGACCCCGCCGCAAGGGCUGCAGGUGGACGAACUCCAGAUUCCCGGGGAUGUAGUGGUGUCGGUGCCCACCUUUACGAUUCAACGAGACGAGCGGUAUUUUGACCAGGCCGACCAGUUCAAGCCGGAACGAUGGGAAUCGAUUGGGAACAGUGCCAACGUGCCAUGGAUUCCGUUUUCCCGAGGGGUGUUUGACUGUGUGGGCAAAGGGAUUGCAUGGAUGGAGAUGCGGAUGGCGUUAUCGAUGAUAGUGCUAGAGUAUGACAUCGACCUGGCGGACGAGACGCAAGAGUUUGACGGCAAGGAGCUUGACAACUUUCUGCUAGAACUGCCGGCAUUGUGGGCCACAUUCCGACCUCGCCGGUCAUGAAUCCCUUCAAUUAUGUAAUAAUAAUCAAUCACUUGCAUCU